UAAGCUAUGCGCAUGCGCAGUAAUUACUAUCCAAUAUGGCCGCCAAACCUCCGUGGAAUUUAGAAAUUUUUGAGACAAAAAAUGUGGGAAAUGUGUCCCCCUAGAGAGUAUACAGACCUUUUGGUUAAAUACGAAGAAUGCCAAGACAUUCGAGGAAACCUCCUCAAAAGAAAGGAGCGAGUUACUCAGCAUGUGUUGCCCAGACAGAUGUGACUGUGUAUGACUUUGCCCACACUGAGCCUAGCCUGGUGAAAACUUGCAGAUUGAAGAAAUCUACCAUCAACAGUUUCAACAAGGAAGCAAAGAAGAUGACCACUGAAGACGGUGCAGCACAUGAUGCAGAUUUAGCAUGGGAUGAGAAGGAUUUGGACGACUUUGAUAUUGAAUAUAUGCCAUCAGAUAUACAGUUAUUUAUUUCUAGUCCAAUGUCUCCCAAUGAAGGCCCUGAAGAUUAUACAGAAGGAAGAGUGUAUCCUCUUGACCUCUGGUUCAUACUAGCUCAAUACAUCAGACCAGAGGAUGUAGGCCUCUUCGCCAGACUCUGUACAUCAUCACACUAUGUAACACAUACAGCAGGUUACUGGAAUAGACUAUAUCUCAGGUACUACAACCAUGAUAAAGAGCUUCCAAAUGACUUAACCCUAGCCUGUAUGGAAAGACGUCAUGGUUUACGAUCUCGCGUCAUAAGAUCUCUCUUCUACCUCUACAAACCAUUCCAGGACCGCACAAAAGUCUCAACAACAUUUGAAAAAGAGGCUUACUUCCUCGAGGGAUCCCGUUGUAUUUUAAUGUGGCACCAGAAAAUCCGGAAUUCCUGGAACUUUUACUUUAAAUUCAAACUUCCUUCGGAAUCUAUUUCAAAGUGCAAUUUACUCCAACAUAUCAGCCCAGUGAAAACACGACGUCUGGAACUGCUGGAUAGUUUUAACGAUGUCUAUGAUAAUGUAGAAAAGGAUUGUUGUGUGUUGGCAAUAACCGCAAAGAAUUUUAUAUCAAUACCUGUGUGCAUGGGGUUGGUAUUGAAUAAGAUGUUGGUCAGUGUUAGCAGUGAUAUGAGAUAUCAACGUGUAAGGCUGUUGUUCCACUCCCAGCGUAUUCACAUGGCUAAAGAAAUGUCCGACAGUGGCGUCAUUGCUGUUCUUGAUCCUGUCAUUGAUAUGAAGGUGCUUCAUUGGUGGCAUCCUAAGUUCCCACAUGUUGUCACUAUUGGCAGUCCUCCUCCUAUACAGGACACCCCCCUAGUAGAAGAUGACUGGGGACUGGCACAUUUACAGCCUGAAGUUUGACCCCAUCCCCUAUCAAUACAACAUCCCCCCUCAUCUGCUCGUGAAUGAUAUCUGAGGAUUCACACAUUCAUCAUAAAACCCUUACCCAUAAGGGACACCUCUCCCCAUCUUCUUGUAGUAGAUAUCUGGGAUUUCAAACAUUUACACCCAGAAGUUUGAACCCCACACCCCAUAUCCAUAAAAAACACCACUGCCCCCUGAAUCUGUCUGUUGAAGAUGAACUGGGAUUAAGCUAGCAAAUGUUCACUCAGAAGUUGAUCAUGGACAAACAGUUGACUUCCAUUUAUCAUGUUAACCUUGAUCUAUCUUAUUGGAUGACUUUUGUUGUUAUUUGGACACUUUGUCAAGCAAUAUAUGCAAACCUACACUGUAUGUAAAACAUAUAUUGGACAUGAUAUUUAGUUAACCAUAAGAAUGAGUGGCUGUCAAACGUCAUACAUAAAACGUCAAACAGAAGAGGAUCCAACAUUUCAUUAAAUAUGUCACAUUUUGGAAAGUAACAUGUUCUGUCUAUUAGUAUAAUCAAGGAGCUGAACAUUUACGAUAUGCAUCUCCUCUCGGAAACUGAACAAAAGGUGUUUCUUCAAAUUUUGGUAUUAUUGCACAUGGGUGUGGUCUCACCAUAUUGAUUACUUGUGAAAUCAAUGUUUGGAGUGGUCAACAAUGCUACUUGCAUCUUUUGCAACUUAUAAGAAUUUAAGUGUACCAAAAUAUUGAAAAAUAAUAAAUGCAUAAAGAUAAAACAACAAAACUUCUUUCUGAUCAAAUCUUACGAAUAAGCAUGGAAGACAGUGAGACGUAGACAUGUUAUGAAAGGCUGUCUGUAGAAAUAUUUUAUGUUAUUGAGAACAUAACAUCUAGUAAGUCAAAAGAUUGGUGAGAUAAAAUGAUGAAUUUGGAAGUUAACAUUACAUAUGAACAUUGUAAUUCCAAAGAUGUGACAGGGAUUGAAGUUCAUGACUAAAUGCCCAUCUGCAACUGUUUCUGAUUUGUCAAAACCGAUCAUGCAUUAUAAUCUCUAAGAACUGGGUCAGUAUUAUAUAUCUCUCAAUUCUCUGGUAAUAUGUCAAGUAAUUAGUCGAGAGCUCGAUAACAGGAUAUACCAGGAUUUGAUUAAUUGGGAAAAUGUCAAUCUAUGUACUUUGUGACACAGAAAAAAUGCUACUCACCCACAUACUGUUGCUUAACUUUUUUGUCUGCUUGAUUUCUGACUUUUCCUUUGGCACAUUAAAAGUAGGCUCUAUGGAGCAACUUGACAAGAAGUUUCAAAUGACUUACUCAACUAGAUGCACCUUUAUGAGUGUUACUAGAUGUGUGAUUUCCUUUUCAGCACACCCGAAUUCUACACAAAAAAUUCCUCCCAUGAUUUGUAACAUAAUUUUGUACAACACCUUGUGUUAAAUUGAAUGGACUUUCUUUCUAUUAAAGUAAAAGCAUAAAUCAUCAGUAUUUACAAAGUUAUAUUACAAAAGGUGGGUGGCAUGUUUUUUUGUAGAAUCUAUUUGUGCCUGCAAAGGAAUGGAUGACAUUUAGAGCACAUUUUGUAACACUCAUAAAAGUGCAUCUAGUUUAGGUUGUCAUCUGAAACUUCUUGUGCAGUUGCUCCAUGGCAUUUAGUUUUAAUGUGCAAUAGACAAUUCAGAUAUGCAGACAAAACAGUUAUUCAGCAUUAUGUGGGUGACGGUUAUGCAGCAUUAUGUGUUUUUUUUGUGUGUCACUCUGUAAUAUGGUAAUUAUUAGCUGAGAGCCCAUAUGUUUUAACAGAACAAGAUGCCAUCAGUUGGUUAAACCAUGUACAUGUAUGAUAUACCAUGUAUACAGUAAUCUUACUACAUAUUUGGCUUCCCUUAAAACAAUAUGUGUCUUGGGCAUGGGUCUAAUAUACAUGUAAUUGCCUGAUAUAGGACAACAUGUAGACUGCACUCCCCUCUAUAAGUUUGUCAACUGGAAGUCUCUUUCUUUAUCAUUUGUUAAAGCUCGUUUAUAUUUAGGAUUUUAGAAAUCAUCAAUUUUUCAUAAAUUUCCAAACUAUUGUAGUAAAGGAACAAAAUAGUUUCAAGCAUAAUCAGACUUAAACAUGCAAUCAGUUGAACACUUUGGGUUGCCAACUUUUUGGAGCGGAGUGUACAAGCAUACUGAAGAAAUGUAAAGGACACAGAAACUCCUAACAUACUGUACUAAUUUAGUUGAGUUGAAAUAUGUCUUGCAUGUGGAUCCUGUUACCCUAGCUCUUACUAUGUAAGAUAGAAGGGGGGGGGGUCAGAAUUUUAGUGCGUGACUGAAUUGAAAUAACAUGUAUGUUUGCAUGUUAUACCAAACUCUAACCAAAUACAGAUUGGAUCUUUGAAAUAUUUUAUGCUGUCAUAUCAUAGUUACAGGAAUACUGUGGAUACCCUUUAUUUGCCUCAACUUAAUUUGUUGGAUUUUCUCAAUUUCAAAUAUUGGCGGCU